UGGUGGGAAAAGUGUUGCAUUGGCUUAGGUCCGAUUAAACAUGGACAACCAAGUAUUGUUGAUGACAAAUCCGAUAUAUUGAUGUACUAUAUCGUGUUUGUGAAUUUCUAUAGCUUCUCUGGUUUGAUUUGCCACACAUGCAACACUGCUGCCACCAACGAUGCAUGCAACACAGGAGGCAACACAGUUUCAUGUAGCAAUAACCAGGUAUGUAAAAACGAAAUACGUGAUAAUAAUGGAAACCACCAAAUAAUGAAAUCAUGUAAGGAUAGUAGUACGUGUUUUAAUGAGGAAGCGAGAAAUGCAGACCGAUGUCAUCCGGCUACGAGUCCGUCACUGUGUAGUUACUGUUGCUCUACUGACUUGUGUAAUGAACCAGAAAUCCCGUCGGAUGGGCAAUCUGCAGGUGCUUGCAUCGAUCCUCUUGGUGUGGAAGAUGGAACCAUUCCUUCCGACCAACUUACAGUUUCCAGUGUAUAUAAUGAUCAUACGUGGUAUGGGGCUGAUCGUGGGCGACUCAACGCAGAAGAAGAAAAUGCUGGAUAUGGAGGAUGGUCAGCAAAGGCCAAUGACAGUAAUCCGUGGAUUCAAGCCGAUCUUGGUAUACUGAAUGAAGUCACUGGAGUAAUAACACAAGGAAGCAAUGACUGGAAUGAAUGGGUGACAUCGUACGAAGUUCAUCACAGUGUUGAUAAUACCAACUUUCAACCAGUAACGGAAGGGAGUGGUCAAACUGCGGUGUUUACUGGAAACUCAGAUCAAAACACUGCUGUGACAAACAUGUUCCAUACUGGAGUCUUCGCUCGAUACAUCCGUAUCCAUCCAACCGAUUGGAAUGAACACAUCAGUCUGAGAUUUGAAGUUCUUGGAUGUCCAGAUACAGAACAACCUAUAUUAACGUGUCCAUCUGACGCCAUUUUGAAUACUGUCAUGGGCGCUGCAACGGUGUCGACCGAUUAUUCUAGUGCAGUAACUGCAAGUGACAACUCAGCUGCUCUUCCAACCAUUUCGCCUGAUCCUGCAUCAGUAUUUCCAGUUAGUCUUGGAAUUGGCGCUCAAGAUUUUACUUUUACGGCCACUGACUUGUCGGGGAAUGCUAAUACUUGCACGUUUACAAUUACCGUUCAAGAUACCGAACAACCCACAAUGACAUGUCCAUCAGAUGUCAUUUUGAAUACUGACAUAGGUGCUGCAACGGUGUCAAUUGAUUAUUCAAGUACAGUAACUGCAAGUGACAACUCAGCUGCUCUCCCCACCAUCUCGCCUGAUCCCCUAUCAGUAUUUCCAGUUAGUCUUGGAAUUGGCGCUCAACCUUUUACUUUUACGGCCACAGACUCGUCGGCAAAUACUAAUACUUGCACAUUUACAGUUACCGUUCAAGAUACCGAAAAUCCAACACUGACAUGUCCGUUUGACACAACAGUUGACAUUACAUACAUCUGUACUGACACUGCAUUGGUAGACUAUUCAAAAUCAAUAAAUGCAAGUGACAACUCGGGAACUGUCCCCAACAUUUCGCCUGAUCCUACAACAUUGUUUCCAGCCAUUCUUGAGAUUGGAUCAAACCCUUUUACUUUUACGGUAACGGACUCGUCAGGGAAUACUAACAAUUGUACGUUUACAAUAAAGGUUCAAGAUUUGAAGUUCCGAUUUCGUACGAUGGUCCAUAAACAUAAAAGUCAAUCAAAGAAUUACGUGAUGAUAGCUAAGCAUCAUACGCAUUCCGUCAUCCAAUGCGGGCUGCACUGCUUGAGGGAUCCAUUAUGCGUAUCCGUUCAAUUUGGUAAUGGUAUAUGUCAACUACAUGGCAUCAGUGAAGAGGAGGACGAAAGUUACAUUAUUACAAAUAACAACAUGGUUCACUACGAGAACACACAAUAAUAGAGAAAACCAGCUCAGCAUAGCUUCAUUCCAAAUAUAUCAAGCAUGACAGUAAAGCUCAAUAAAACUCAAUGUGAUGUCAUUUACUCUCUAAAUGCAAACGAGUGGAAAAAGAGUGAAAGAGUGCCUACAAGGAGCACUCCUGAUGGAAUGGGUAAAAAAUAAUGAGAUUCCACGCUAUUCUGAGUAAAUUUUAGUAAUUUUUCACUAUUUUAAAAAUAAUAUUCACUCAUUUAAGAGUAAAUUUUCACGCAAGGAAGAAUGGAGUUGAAGUGGUCCCGGUAGUCACUCUUUUUGAGUGAAAAUUCUCUUUUUUACAAUAAGAGAGUAGGCCUACACUGAUUUUGCAAAGGCUUUUGACAGAGUCGACCACAAACUCUACAUUUAUGAACUUUCUAAAUUUGGUUUUACUGGAAAUAUUUUAAAACUUUGCGCAACUACAUAUACAAUCUAAAACAAAAGAUUUCAAUUGAUGGUAGUAUAUCAGAUUGGCUCAAUGUGAGAUCAACUAGGUUCCCACAGGGAACAAAUUUAGGACCUUUGUUUUCUAUCCUUGUCAUAAAUGACUUACCAGUACCUUCGAAUUCACAUUGUUUACUCUAUGCUGAUGAUUUGAAAUUAAUUAGAUUAAUAUCUCAUAUGCACUAUUCACUCCUUUUACAAGAUGAUCUACAUAAACUUAAUUCAUGGUGCAAUAAUUGGCUUGGCACAUGGAACUUAGUUUAAGUAGAUGUAAAGUUUUAAACAUUUGUAUUUAUAAGAAGAAAAAUCUUUUUAUAGUAUUAGUAAUUAUAUUUUAGACAAUAUAAAUUCUCGUUGUGAUCUUGAUAUAAUUAUCGAGUUUUAUUUUAAUUAACAUAUUAAACAUAUUUAUUUUAAAGCUAAUAGGAUGUUAGGACUCGUUAAAGCGAAAUUGCUGGCAUAUCAAAUACAGUAGAACCCCUAUUAUGAGGACACUUCGGGACCAAAAAAGUGUCCCAUUAAUAGGUGUGUUCCAUGAAUAGGGGUACCCCUAUUCAGGGGACACUAACCAAAAACGCAAAAUUGUCCCCUUAAUAGGAGUUUUUGGCAUGUUUUCAUACAACAAUAACAUACAUUUUGUGUAAUUUUAUUUUUAUUGACUUAAGAAUCAGCUAAGUAGAAUUAGAACAUAUUUGUAGCAACAAUUUUCAAUGCAAAUACAAUUCAUUUAUAAUAUUAAAUCAGCACAAAUUUAAUUAAAACAACAAUUUUUAAAUGUUUUAAAAGUGGUUUGGUGCAGUAGGUAGGCCAUACAGACCUGUUUGAUACAUGUUAUGAUCUCCCAAUUUCAUCAAACCAUCACUGCAUAGGUUCUCUCCACCCUGGAGUAUAAAUGGGUACCUGGUGGGGUUGCCUACUCCUGCGAUGUUUACCAGCAGCAACACUUAAAACAUUAAGACUCAAUGGUAAGCAAAAAAGAAGCGCUUUAUAUCUACAAAGAAAAGGCACUGUACAAAUGGUAUAAAUAAUAAAAUAUUAAUAUUAAAAUGUUCCAAAUAUUAUUUCAUGAUGCAAUGUUAAUGACCAAAUAUUCCUUUUUUUAUGUAAAAUAUUGAGCUUACUAUUGGAUGAUUGUAGCAUAAAUAGAGUAACGACUUAGAAUUAAUGGUGGAUGUCAGAGUAUAUUAGAAUAUUAUAUGAAAGUACACGAAAACCAAUUUUUGAAACGCAUCCUCAUGGUUAAGGGUCAAAAUUUAAAAAAAAUUGGUUUAUAUGAAGAAAAACAUUCAGUAGGCCUAUUCCGACGUUUACUCUAAAGAUUCAGGAGAGAAACUGCUGGUUUAUUGCUUAAAUAUGAAGUUAAAUGAAUUUUUCUUACUUUGAGACUAUUGUAAUGUUGUGACGUGAUACAAUGAUAAAAAAAAAUUAGGUGUCUCCUUAUAGGGAUAUUUGACCAUUUUGCACACUCAGAAAGUGUCCUCUUACUGCUAGUAAUUAUGUGCCUUACCAAUAAUGAACUACUUUUGGCACAUAGCAUUAUAUGGCAUUAUAUUUUAAUCACAAUAUUUUAUUGCUGAUUUGUUAGAGGCUGUUAUAUUUGUUUUCUUUUUAUGUAUAUUUAUGUAAAAAUGUUUAGUAAUAGGAGUGCCACUUGAUAGUUGCAGUCCUCAGGUAACGAAUUUUGUUUGUAAGUUUUGUUUUGUGUUGCUUUGAACUGGAUAUUAAAUUUUGAAAAAGCAGAAGGGAGGUCUCUAAAUUUUACAAAAUUUUAAAUAAAUGGGGAUUAAAAAUGACAUAUUACUUA